AUGGCGAGGAAGAAGAUCAGAGAGUAUGACUCCAAGAGACUUCUCAAGGAACACUUGAAACGUCUCGCUAACAUUAACCUCCAAAUCCACUCUGCUCAGGUGACAGAAUCUACUAAUUUCACUGAGUUGACCAACGAGGAGUCAUGGCUCUCUACCACAAAGCUAGUUGUGAAGCCUGAUAUGCUGUUUGGAAAACGCGGGAAAAGUGGUUUGGUAGCUCUGAAGCUGGAUCUUGCUGAAGUUGCAGAGUUUGUCAAAGCCCGCCUAGGUUCUGAGGUUGAGAUGGGUGGAUGUAAAGCUCCUAUCACUACAUUCAUUGUGGAGCCCUUUGUGCCUCAUGAUCAAGAAUACUAUCUUUCCAUAGUGUCUGAUAGGCUUGGCUGCACUAUAAGUUUCUCUGAAUGUGGUGGCAUUGAAAUUGAAGAGAACUGGGACAAGGUGAAGACUGUGUUUCUUCCUGCGGAAAAAUCAAUGACACUUGAAGUAUGUGCUCCUUUGAUAGCAACACUUCCUCUUGAAGUUCGAGGUAAAAUAGGCAGUUUCAUAAUGGGAGUGUUUGCUGUAUUUCAAGAUUUAGAUUUCUGUUUCAUGGAGAUGAAUCCUUUUACGCUAGUCGAUGGAGAGCCAUAUCCUCUAGACAUGAGGGGAGAGUUAGAUGACACAGCUGCCUUCAAGAAUUUCAACAAGUGGGGAGAUAUUGAGUUUCCUCUGCCAUUUGGAAGGGUCCUGAGUCCAACGGAGAGCUUCAUCCAUGGUUUAGAUGAGAAGACAAGUGCUUCAUUGAAGUUCACUGUUCUGAAUCCUAAAGGUCGCAUUUGGACUAUGGUAGCUGGAGGCGGUGCUAGCGUCAUAUAUGCUGAUACGGUUGGAGAUUUAGGCUACGCAUCAGAGCUUGGGAACUACGCAGAGUAUAGUGGAGCACCUAAUGAGGAAGAGGUGUUACAAUACGCUAGAGUUGUCAUUGAUUGUGCUACUGCUGAUCCUGAUGGGCGCAAAAGAGCUCUUCUCAUUGGAGGUGGCAUUGCCAAUUUCACCGACGUGGCAGCUACCUUCAACGGUAUCAUCCGCGCUCUAAGAGAAAAGGAAACAAGACUGAAAGCAUCAAGGAUGCACAUUUACGUAAGAAGAGGUGGUCCUAAUUACCAGACUGGUCUGGCUAGAAUGCGUGCUCUGGGAGAUGAACUCGGUGUUCCUCUAGAGGUAUAUGGACCAGAAGCAACGAUGACAGGAAUAUGCAAACGAGCCAUUGACUGCAUCAUGUUACCUGAUGCAUAA